UCCCUCUCUCCGGCUCUGUCUCUCUCUCCCUGCGCCGUGGUUUCUCGGCGAUUAUUUAUUUAAAUUUGAUUAAUUUAUUUAUCAAUUUCUCCAACAAAUUCGUUCUGAUUCCUCUCGAACUUAGCGAUCCGUUACAGCACCCAGAUCGGUAAGGAAGGAAUUACCGUGGGAUCUUCCUCGUGAUUCGUGACGAGAGCUCUCUCAUUUCUUUCCUUUCCGCUCUCGCUCUCCAAAGUCCAAACGGUACUGCUGUUGCUGCUGCUACUACUCGAGGGAAUUACUACAUUCUCCUCCCUAGGCACCGGAUUGUGCCGGAAUUUGGUGCUCUCCUUCUGGGGGUUUCUGAGCUGAAUGCGGGUUUUCUUGAUAAAUCCAUCAUCCUCUCAGCUUGUUACGUGACUUACUGAUCGGUUCCGGGCUGAAGAGCUUUGUUUUUGCGAGAUGUCGGGCCCUCUGGACCGGUUCGCCAGGCCUUGCUUUGAAGGUUUCUCUGGUAGUGAUGAGAGAAAAGAAAGAAAAUCUGAUUUUGAGAACUCUGAGGACGAAAGGAGGACUAGAAUUGGGUCUCUUAAAAAGAAAGCGAUCAAUGCAUCUACCAAAUUUAAACACUCUCUCAAGAAAAAGGGUAGAAGAAAAAGUGAUGGUCGAGUCAGCUCUGUUUCAAUUGAGGAUGUUAGGGAUGUUGAGGAGCUAAGGGCUGUUGAUGCAUUUCGACAAACACUACUCUUGGAUGAACUGCUGCCAGAUAGACAUGAUGAUUACCAUAUGAUGCUGAGGUUUUUGAAAGCAAGGAAGUUUGAUAUUGAGAAAACAAAGCAUAUGUGGGCUGAUAUGCUUCAGUGGAGGAAGGACUUCGGUACCAACACUAUUAUGGAGGAUUUCGAGUUCAAAGAGUUAAAUGAAGUCUUAAAGUAUUAUCCUCAUGGUCAUCAUGGUGUGGACAAGGAGGGAAGACCUGUUUACAUUGAAAGACUGGGAAAAGUUGAUCCUAACAAACUUAUGCAAGUUACCACUAUGGAUAGGUAUGUUAAAUACCAUGUGCAGGAGUUUGAGAAAAGCUUUGCCAUAAAGUUUCCAGCUUGCACCAUUGCGGCAAAGAGGCACAUAGAUUCGAGCACUACAAUCUUAGAUGUACAAGGCGUGGGCUUUAAGAACUUCACAAAGUCCGCACGGGAACUCAUCACACGGCUGCAAAAAAUUGAUUGUGACAAUUAUCCAGAGACUCUUUGCCAAAUGUUUAUCAUCAAUGCUGGCCCUGGAUUUAGGUUGUUAUGGAAUACUGUAAAGACUUUUCUAGAUCCCAAGACAACUUCCAAGAUUCAUGUUCUUGGAAACAAAUUCCAGAGCAAAUUGCUUGAGAUAAUCGAUGCCAGUGAGUUGCCAGAAUUUCUUGGUGGUAACUGUACCUGUGCAGAUCAGGGAGGUUGCCUCAGGUCUGACAAGGGGCCAUGGAAAAACCCUGAAAUAUUAAAGAUGGUGCUUAAUGGUGAAGCAAGGCGCGCCAGGUCGGUUGUGAAAGUUUUGAACAGUGAGGGGAAGGUUAUUGCUAUUGCUAAGCCGCAAUACCCUAUGCAGGUAAGAGGGAGUGAUACAUCCACUGCUGAAUCAGGAUCUGAAGCUGAAGACAUCACUUCCCCAAAAGCAAUUAAGAGUUAUUCACACCUUAGAUUGACUCCUGUUCGCGAAGAGGCUAAGGUCAUUGGAAAGGCAAACUAUGCUGGUAGCUUCUCAGGGUAUGAUGAAUAUGUUCCAAUGGUUGACAAGCCUGUUGAUAAUGUUUGGAAGAAGCAAGUUCCCCCCGAGAGGCCUAAUGCUCUCAAAGGGUCACUUCCCCUGCCUGAGAGUCCAAAGACACCUGAAGGGAUUCGUGCUCGGAUUUUGGUGGUGAUUAUGACCCUCUUCAUGACUCUUUUCACUUUCUUCCGUUCAGUGGCUGAUCGUGUGACAAAGAAGCUUCCUGAAACACCAUCUAAUAAUGAGCAAAAUAUUCCUGCACUCACUCUUGAUGCAACAGACAAAGAGGAGUUUCAGCCCCCUUCACCAACUCCAGCUUACAAAGAGGCAGAUCUCCUGUCUUCUGCACUGAAGAGGCUGAGUGAGCUUGAAGAGAAGGUCGAUACACUCCAAUCAAAGCCAUCCGAGAUGCCGUAUGAGAAAGUGGAAUUGCUUAAUGCUGCUGUUUGUCGUGUGGAUGCCCUCGAGGCAGAGCUGAUUGCAACUAAAAAGGCCCUGCAUGAAGCUUUAAUGAGGCAAGAGGAAUUGCUUGCUUACAUUGACAGUCAAGAGGAAGCCAAGUUGCGGAAAAAGAAGUUUUGCUGGUAAGAUGUUUGGCCAACGACAAUACUGCAGGAGAAUACUUGUUUGAUCCUGCUAUGGAAACGCAAUCUUAAACAGUGUAUCUAUCGGGAAAUAGACUUUGCUGUAAGAUGUAAAAGCAUUGGAUGUUCCUAAAUCUUCAGUUUGUUUUUGUUUUGUUUUAUGACUUUGUGCCUCCCAAUAUGAUGUUUGGAAAGAGUGGAGUUCUUAACCAAAUCUAGUGAGUUUGUUUUGUUGGAUCCUUGAGACUACUACCAGAUUGGAACAUUUGACAAUGAAGCACUUUGUCUUAAUUCCGAGUAUAACAGCUUAUACA